CAUUUAAAACGACGGGCUGUGGUCUUAUCUAGGUUUAGUUAUACAAAUCUUUGGUCUCUCUUUGCCAUACCUCCAAAAUCACGAGGUUAAGGUUAGGGACGUCCCAAUAAUCCCUGAUUGCACAGACCCUGCCCGGAAGUUAUUUUUGUUCGUACGUCUUGAGGGCGAAGGUUACAUGAAUAUUCUGCCGCCGGCACAUACACCUCUGUCGCACUUGUUUGUUUUUGUAUAAAAAAGCAACUUUCAAAAGCGGGCAGUACUGCUACCACCACGACAGGAGCUGGAAGACAUGGCGCGCCUGGUUGCGGUUUGCAGGGACGGGGAAGAGGACUUCCCUUUCCUCGCAAGACAGAUUCCCUUGUACAUCGAUGACACUCUCACGAUGGUGAUGGAGUUUACUGACAGUGUCAUGAACCUUGGCACUCACCAAAUCAACAGCUCUCAGAUGAAGCAGUUUGUUGAGCAUCACAACUUGCUGAAGCAGCAGGACCUGAACAUCGCCAUGAUGGUAACUUCCAGGGAGGUGUUCAGCGCCCUGUCCCAGCUGGUGCCGUGUGUGGGCUGCAGGCGGAGCGUGGAGCGCCUCUUCUCCCAGCUGGUGGAGUCUGGGAACCCGGCACUGGAGCCCCUCACUGUGAAGCCCACCGGCGUGCUGUCUGUCACCAAGACCUGCAUAGCCGACGCAAAGAUGCUCUACACUCUCUUUUACGUCCACGGGUCAAAGUUGAAUGACAUGAUCAAUGCCAUUCCAAAAAGCAAAAAGAAUAAACGCUGCCAGUUGCACUCCUUAGAAACACACAAGCCAAAGCCUUUGGGGGGAAGCUGGAUGGAUGUGUGGGAGCUCAUGUCUCAGGAGUGCAGGGACGAGGUUGUCCUGAUCGACAGCACCUGCCUCCUGGAGACCCUGGAAACAUACUUGCGCAAACACAGGUUCUGUACUGACUGUAAGAACAAGGUACUGAGAGCAUACAACAUCCUUGUAGGGGAGCUAGACUGCACUAAAGAGAAGGGCUACUGCGCUGCCUUGUACGAGGGACUCCGCUGCUGUCCCCAAGAGCACCAUGUCCACGUCUGCUGUGAGACUGACUUCAUGGCACAUCUCCUGGGCCGGGCUGAGCCGGAGUUCUCCGGAGGUUACGAACGCAGAGAACGGCACGCCAAGACCAUUGACAUUGCACAAGAAGAGGUGCUCACCUGCCUGGGCAUCCACCUGUACGAGCGACUGCACAGAAUCUGGCAGAAACUUAGGGCAGAGGAGCAGACCUGGCAGAUGCUCUUCUGCCUCGGCAUCGACGCUUUACGCAAAAGCUUUGAGACGGCGGUGGAGAAGGUACAGGGCAUCAGUCGUCUGGAGCAGCUGUGUGAGGAGCUGUCGGAGGAGGAGAGGGCCAAGGAGCUGAAGCAGGAGAAGAAGAGACAGAAGAAGAAGAACAGACGCAAAAACAAGUGUGGCUUCGACAUGUCUGAGCAGGAGGCCGAGGGCAAGGACAAGAGCCUGGAUGAGGGUUCAUUAGAGUCUGUGGAGAGCGGUGGCUGCAAGGCCUGUGGAAGCCGAGAGGAGGAGGGGCAUGUCAGCUGUGUGGAGGUUGUCGUCACCAGCAACGAGAGCACUACUUCCUGCAGCUGCCCAGACAGCACCGUGCCCAUCCCGGGCUCUCCUAAAGUCAAGAAAGGUAAUGCUGUCACCACCAUCCAACCAUCACUCAAGACCAGACACCUGACCCUGGGUCUUUCGCCUCACAGUAAUGGGAGUGACUGUGGUUACUCGUCUAGCAUGGAAGGCAGCGAGCCUGGCUCACAGGAAGGAUGUGACGUCGCCUGCACUGAGGGUAUCUGCAACCACCACGAAGCAGGAGACUACUUGUGCGGUCAUCAAUGUGCUGAAGACAAGGAGGAGGAGGGUAUGGACAGCUGUGUGGAGUGCUGGGCCAGCUCUGAAGAGAACACCAAGGGCAAGAAGAAGAAUAAGAGAAGAAAGAACAAUGGCCUGUUAUCUUACUAUCAGGGUCCAAAUGCAGAGGUUUGUGUUAUGGACGAGAACAGGAAAGGGCAAAAUACUGCUGCAACGUCACCCGUGUGCAGAACGAAAGAGACGUGUGCCCAGUUGUGCCUCGACACUUUUUCUAGUAUCGCACUGCAGUUACCAUGUGCAGAACAUCGGAAGAACAUCAGCCAUUAUCUGGAGGAUAGCAGUGCCAAGAGUCUCAUGGAACUACUGGAUGACUCUGAAGUGACUUCAGAUGAAGAGAACUGCCUCACGCAGGAUGAGAUCCAGUCAUUUGUGGACAACAACAAGUCCUUCUACAACAACCGUGACCAGUACCGACAGCACCUGAAAGAUAAAUUCACCAAGUACUGCCACGGAGAUGCAGAUUGGUUUGCUGCUGCCACUACCAGCGUCAAUUAAUGAAUUAGCUGCUGUUGCACUACUCUACUGUCAUGAUAUCUUGUUACUGGGACAACACACAUGGUGAUUACCAGAUUACCACCCCUCUGCUCGCACCGCCUUUUAAAGGAGAAAGAAUUCAGUAGUACAUUUUAGUGUUUUUGUUCAAUGAGCCACCCCACCCCCUCUUUGUUCAAUGAUCCCCCCCCACCCCCUCCUUGGUUGAAGUACAUGUGGUUCUUAUUUUCCCACCUCUGUUCAUCCUCUGUCACAUUCUACCUGUUCACCUUGUCACACCGUCCUUGUUGUCGUCCGUCCCACCCUGACCAAACCCCGCUUCUUUUCUGGUCUCAUUUUGUAGGGCUGUUGGUUUAGAGCACAGUGGAUCUGAUAAUUAAGCUUGCAAGCUGUGACAUUAGGGUUUAGAUGGUAGUUGUCUUGUGUGUUUUUUUUUUUUUUGUAUUUUCCAUUUUUUCUCUUGUCUCUUCCUCUGUGACGCUUCAUUUUAGUGGGAAAAGUUGUACCAAUAAAUGUGUACAGGAAUUAUAUAAUCUGAAUAGAUUUUACAGUGAAACAUCCAUUUAUAACAGGGUUUGGAUGUGAUGUUAAGAAGGGUGCAAUGUGUAAAAUUGACAAAAUAAAGAAUAUUUAUUAAUAUGCAUUAGAAA